ACGGACGAAUAGGCGCGGGCUCGAGGAGCGGCCGUUAACGGACGAAUAGAUCCAGAAGCUGUGCGACCGAGUGGCCUCCUCCACCUUGCUGGAUGACCGCAGGGAUGCCGUGCGCGCCCUCAAAUCCUUGUCCAAGAAAUACCGCCUGGAAGUGGGCAUACAGGCCAUGGAGCACCUUAUCCAUGUUCUCCAGACGGACCGUUCAGAUUCUGAAAUAAUUGGCUAUGCUUUGGACACUCUCUACAAUAUAAUAUCGAAUGACCUCGAAGAGGAGGAGCAAGAUGAUUCUGAAGAAGAAAAUGUGCCGAAGCAAGCUGACGACUUGGGAAGUCAGUUCACAGAGAUUUUCAUUAAACAGCAGGAAAAUGUCACGCUCUUGCUGACCCUCGUGGAGGAAUUUGAUUUCCACGUUCGCUGGCCUGGGGUGAAACUACUUACAUCUCUUUUAAAGCAGCAGGGACCUCAGGUGCAGCAGAUCAUUCUUGUCAGCCCUAUGGGUGUUUCAAGGCUCAUGGAUUUACUAGCAGACUCUAGGGAGGUUAUCCGGAAUGAUGGAGUCUUAUUGUUACAGCAACUGACUAAAAGUAAUGCAGCCAUUCAGAAGAUUGUGGCCUUUGAAAAUGCUUUUGAGAGACUCUUGGAUAUCAUUACAGAAGAAGGAAACAGUGAUGGAGGAAUUGUAGUGGAAGACUGUCUUCUCCUACUUCAAAAUUUAUUGAAGAAUAAUAAUUCCAAUCAGAAUUUUUUCAAGGAAGGCUCUUAUAUCCAGCGCAUGAAGCCUUGGUUUGAGGUUGGAGAUGACAACUGUGGUUGGUCUGCACAGAAAGUGACUAAUCUUCACCUAAUGCUGCAGCUCGUGCGGGUUCUCGUCUCUCCCACGAAUCCUCCCGGCGCCACGAGCAGCUGUCAGAAGGCCAUGUUCCACUGUGGCCUGUUACAGCAGCUCUGCACAAUCCUCAUGGCAACUGGGGUUCCAGCUGACAUCCUGACAGAAACCAUUAAUACAGUAUCAGAAGUCAUUCGAGGAUGCCAGAUAAAUCAGGACUACUUUGCCUCUGUAAAUGCACCUUCUAAUCCACCAAGACCUGCAAUUGUAGUUCUUCUGAUGUCCAUGGUAAAUGAAAGGCAGCCUUUUGUGCUGCGCUGUGCCGUUCUCUACUGUUUCCAGUGCUUUUUAUACAAAAACCAAAAAGGACAAGGAGAGAUAGUUUCUACGCUUCUGCCAUCCACUAUAGACGCUACAGGUAACUCGGUGUCGGCGGGUCAGCUGCUCUGCGGCGGCCUCUUCUCCACGGACUCGCUGUCCAACUGGUGCGCCGCCGUGGCGCUGGCRCACGCGCUGCAGGAGAACGCGCCCCUCAAGGAGCAGCUGCUGAGGGUGCAGCUGGCCACGAGCAUCGGCAACCCGCCCGUGUCCCUGCUGCAGCAGUGCACCAACAUCCUCUCGCAGGGGGAUAAGAUCGACAGACGGGGCAGCAAAGUACAAACAAGGGUUGGACUAUUGAUGUUGCUUUGUACCUGGCUGAGCAACUGCUCCAUUGCUGUCACACACUUCCUUCACAACCCAGCCAAUAUUCCUUUUCUCACAGGACAGAUAGCUGAAAACCUUGGAGAAGAGGAGCAACUGGUCCAAGGCCUGUGUGCACUUYUGCUGGGCAUUUCCAUCUACUACAAUGACAACUCCCUUGAAAAUUAUAGGAAAGAGAAGCUGAAGCAGCUAAUUGAGAAGCGGAUUGGCAGGGAAAACUUCAUAGAGAAGCUUGGCUUUAUUAGCAAACACGAACUCUAUUCCAGAGCUGCUCAGAAACCCCAGCCCAGCUUCUCCAGCCCAGACCACAUGAUGUUUGAUCAUGAAUUUACUAAGCUCGUAAAGGAAUUGGAAGGUGUCAUAAGUAAAGCUAUUUAUAAAUCCAGUGAAGAAGAUAAAAAGGAGGAGGAGGUUAAGAAGACAUUGGAACAGCAUGACAAUAUUGUGACUCACUAUAAAAAAGUCAUUAGAGAGCAGGACCAAGAACUUGAAGAAUUAAAACAACAAAUUAACACUUUAAAAUCUCAAAACGAACAGCUUCAAACUACAGUUACACAACAAGUAUCGCAGAUUCAACAGCAUAAGGACCAGUAUAACCUCCUUAAAGUACAGUUAGGAAAGGACAAUCAGCAUCAUAACUCUCAUGGUGAAACGUUUCAGAUGAAUGGCAUCCAGCUGGAAGAAGUAAGCAAACUGAAAGAGGAAUUGGAAGAAUGGAAGAAUAAGCAUGAACUCCUGCAAGGACAGCUGAGGGAGAAAGAGUCUGUGAUUGAGAAGUUGAAGUCUUCACAGUUGGAGAUGGGAACAACAGAACAGUCUUCACAGGCCGGCAAAUCUGGUGGUUCAGAACUCAACAAUGAACUACAAAAGGAAUUAGAAACUCUGAGGAGUCAGAUACAGCUGCAGUCUACAGAGAUCUCUAAGCUUCAGUCUGAGAAUCAGAAGCUUCAGCUACUGAAUGCAGCUGCAGAUCCUGUAUUGGGAGACUGUGGGGCCACAACAGCCAAGAACUCUGAAGUGGAAGGACGACUUUUGCAAGAAGUGAAAGAACUCAAGAAUGARGUCAAAGCUCUUUCUGAAGAAAAGGCAUCACUGAAACAGCACUUGGAUUCAUCUAACAGUACGGUUGCCAUUUUGCAAGAUCAGAAAAGCAAACUUCAGCAAGAAGUUGCAGAAUCAAARAAAGAACAGGAUGAUCUCCUAGUGCUUCUGGCUGACCAAGAUCAGAAACUAUCUGCACUGAAGAACAAAUUGAAGGAGCUUGGUGAACCGGUUGAAGAUGAGGAUGAUAUUGAAUCUGGAGAUCAGGCGGAUGAAGAUGAGGAUGGCGAAGAGGAGGAGCAAGACUAACGUGCUCUUGUGUGUUACCAUGAGAUGAAAACUAGUUUGCCUUGUGUUAUGGAACAAACUAAAACUACUCUGGGUAUACAAAGCAAAAUACCUGCUUCAAAAGCAGAGGGGAGAAUGGUAACUGGGACUAGUUAUAAGUUACUGAAGUGUUUGGAAACCCUUUGUACUAGGAAAAGCAAACAAAAAUCACUGUUUAAGUUCUACAUGAGCAUCCUAAAUUGUACUUGUUUCUAAGUUGCUUUAGACACGGUUUAAAGCAUGGGUAAGGCAAUSCUGCUGCCUCGGUUCGUUGUCCUUGACAGGGGUUGUGUGCGCGUUUGUCUAACGUUUUAACUUAGCCGAGCUCUUAACCUGAUUAAAUACACAAGUAUUUGGUUUAACAGCUGUCAGAUGGAAUCAUUGCCUCGGCCUCGAGCAGGGGCUGGUGGCUGCUGUGAAGGAGCAGGGCUGGCGUGGCCGCCACGUGUCCCCCUGGACCGGCACCGCACCGAGUGCCGUGACAGGGACACGGCCCCGUGGGCACCCGGGGCAGCUGCAGCCCCUGCUCGUACUGUAUAAGAGGCUGCACCGAAAUCUGCACCAGAGGGUAGCGGCCCUAACAAGGCUGUGUUGGGAGGGAAAAGGAAAAAGGACAAACAUAUUCAUUCUAAGGAUACAAUGCGCUAUCCAGUCGGCAUAAAAAAUAUAAUUCUGUUGACUACUUCAGUAAGGAGAUGAAAAUGGCUAUGAUUUAUAUAACUUAUUGGCUCUUGAUGAGUAAAUAAAAGAUGAAAUUUUAAGAGAAGACUCACUAUUGUAAAUGCAUCAGUUUUUUGGUACUAAAAACAGGUAUAUGUUCACUUAGUACUCAAUCAGUUAAAUCUCUGGUCUUGCUKUAGUAAAACAGUUUCUAAUACAUAUGUAAAAUGGCCUAAAAUCCCAUGUAUGGGGCAUGAUUAAAUAAAUUAGUUGGUGAUCUGGGCUCUUAAGCAAUGAACAAAUUUCCUUAGUUUACAACAGAGGYAGAGACACUUGAGUGACUGUACUUGGAUUGCCUGACAUGGCUUCCUUUAUAUGUUGAAGAAAGGGGRAAAAAAAAGACUGGAGUUGAAAGCUGCCUUGGAUUUGCUGCUUGCUCUGUGAUGUGAACCAUUUCUAAWAGAGUAGGCAGCUUGCAAAAACUGUUAAGAGGAAACCCAUUCCAUCAAUGAAAGCAAGUUAGUCUAGCAUGGAAUUAUAAGCCAAGUGUGUUUGCUAGGUCUGGCCCCACUCUCCUUUUUCCAUGACACACUGAAAAGGUUAGACUGCUCAGGGCAAAAUUACUAACCYUAGCUGGCCAGAACUUUGCAGGUGCUUGUCAUGGCCCAGCCUGCUCAGCCCUUGCCAUGGAAAGAGCACAUGUGGAUGAGCUGUGAACCAAGGCAGCCUGGAGAGGAGGAAGCUGCUGUAGCUGCUCCUCAAAUGGGCUGUUCCUCCUGCCAAUAGACCUCAGGUUUUAAGAUUUAUUAAACUCCUCAAAUUUCCCCCUGUCCUUUCUUCUGUUGAGGCUGGGACAUGCAGUUAAAGGAGGUGGUAAUCCCAUCUGGGCCUGAGCCUGUUCUUGUAGUUUGAGUCUCAUAAAUAGCACUGAUUAGAAUGGGAUUUUYAUU